UGCUCCAAGACUGAAGUGUGUGUGUUAUAUGUGUAUUGUUAUUAGAUUAUUCGUGCACUGUUUUAUUUUACUGUGAUUUCGUGUUGUUAUAAAGAGAUGGAGACAGAAACGGUAUGUCUGUCUGCGAUCCUGAAUGUUGAAUAUGCUUAUUACCAAUGAAUUGUCAUUACAUUACUACAAAAUAAUAAACAUUCUCGAUUUAUUCUUUUUGUUAUAAGCUACACGAUGCCUGAACUAUGUGAAAUCGAUGUCAUAUGUUUUCGAUUGAUCUUCCUGCCUAAAGCAAUCGAUAACAAAGAUCGAAAAUGUCUUCAGACUGCAAAGUGUUUGCUGAUCGUUUCUCAUGUAGUUGUAGCCAUUAACUUACUAUGUGGACAUCCAUUGACAUAAUACGUGUUGUUAUAUCCGCGCUGGACAGUUGUGGGAGACUAUGGGUGGACACUAAGCAACACGUGCUCUUUGAGCGUUAAUCCUGUAAGUUAAACACAUCAAGUGGUUUUUGUUUAUGUAAGGAAGAUGUUGCCCGAGUUGACUUUUCCCUCCCGUCGUUCACCUGUGGUUUGUUUACAUGGCUGCGUUGCUUCCAGUCAGUCGCUGGCUUCUGUCAUCGGGAUGGGCAUUCUCAAAAAAGGUGGCAACGCUGCAGACGCUGCUGUUGCUGUAGCUGCGGCCUUGAAUGUGACAGAGCCUUGUAGCACAGGCAUAGGAGGGGACAGCUUUUGCCUGUACUUUGAUGCACGCACCGGGCAUGUGCGUGGACUCAAUGGAAGUGGCCGCUCACCCAAGGCCCAGACCCUGGAACUGAUGCAGAGCCGGGGCUACACAAAGGGCAGCCCCACUCCGCCCUUCCACGCCCUCAACAUCACAGUGCCCGGAGCAGCUGCAUGCUGGUGUGACACCAUCCAGCUGUUUGGGAGCAAGAAGCUCUCCCUGGCUGAUAUUCUGGAGCCAGCAUGUGACUUGGCCAGUGGGGGAUUCCCAGUCGCCGAGGUCACCGCGUACGCGUGGGCCAAGUGGACAAAGGCGAUGAGGGAAGUGGGCAGGGAGCUGGGUGGGGACUUCCUCCCCAACAACCAGCCACCCAAACAUGGUCAGGUGGUCACCAACCCAGGUCUGGCUCAGACAUUCCAGGAGAUUUCCCACCAAGGGAAAGAUGGUUUCUAUGCCGGCAGGAUAGCAGAGGCCAUAGUGGAGGUGAUACGAGAGAAUGGUGGCGUGAUGAGCCUGGAGGACCUCAGGAGCCACACCAGCACAGAGAUCACGCCCAUCUUCACUGACUACAAGACAGUGAGACUAUGGGAGGUUCCACCAAAUGGCCAAGGGAUGGCAGCUCUUAUUGCCCUUAAUAUUUUGGAAAAUUUCCCAAUAAAAGGAAUGAAUCACAACAGUGCAGACUACCUGCACCUUCUGGUGGAGGCAUUUAAGCUCAGCUUGGCAGACACCACCCACUUCAACGCAGACCCUGCCCAUGUGAAUGUCCCCCUGGAGGGACUUCUGGCCAAAGACUACAGUCAGCAACGCGCCCAGCUCAUUCAGAUGGACAGGGCAAGGGCUAGCAAAGAGCCGGGGAUACCCAGAGGAAGUGAGACGGUGUAUUUCUCCGUGGUGGACGGGGAAGGCAACGCCUGCUCUUUCGUCAACAGCAACUACAUGGGCUUCGGGACAGGGCUAGUGCCCAAAUGCUGUGGGUUUUCUCUCCACAACAGAGGUGCUCACUUCUCCAUGGAUGCUAACCAUGCUAACUGCAUAGGCCCAGAGAAGAGGCCCUACCAGACCAUCAUCCCAGCCCUGCUGACGGAGGCCAGCUCCAACCGACUGCUUUGCUCGUUCGGGGUGAUGGGGGCCUUCAUGCAGCCCCAGGGGCAUGUUCAGGUGUUACUCAACAUGCUGGAGUUUGGGAUGAACCCCCAGCAGGCUCUGGACGCCCCACGUGUGUUUGUGCAGUAUGAUGCAGCCUCUCAGCAGUGGCAGCUCAGCUUGGAGACUGGAGUAGAGGAGAGAGUUGCGGAGGAGCUGAGGAGGCGGGGCCACGCAGUACACUGGCCAGUGGCAGGCCACGACCGGGCGCAGUUCGGCAGGGGUCAGGUCAUCAGCAUCGGAGCCUGGUGGGACCCUGCCUCGCCGCCCUCUGACCCCACUCACAGGGUGCUCUGGGCAGGCUCAGACCCCAGGGCCGAUGGGUGUGCUGUGGGCUACUAGAUCUGCGUUCACAUGGAGAGGCUUAGCCCCUAGAGGGUUUAUAUGCUCCGAGGUGGAGAGAGUUGGGCACGUGCGCCGAAGCUAUGCACUACAAUGCUGUGCGUGUAUUCUCUGCACCAAACAAUGUGCAGUUUUAACCUUUUUCAUGAAGAAAGAAUCAUGCUGCAAUAUUAUGCAUUCAAUUACUGGCAAUUAUAAAAAUUUAAAUUAUGAAUAAAAUGUGUAAAUAAACUUAUACAAAAAAUAAGUUUUAAGGAGAAAAAGGCUUAAGAAUUUCUUGAUAUUCUGUGUGAAUAGUUUUAUGUUAAACUUUUCAGAGCUACUUUUGAAUGAAAUCAUUCAUUUUGUCAAGUUACUUUUACAGUGAUAAAUACAUCCAGAUUUCUUACCA